UGACAAUGAUAAGUUGUUUAAUAUUAUUAUUAUUAUCAUCUCAGAUUUGAACAUGGGACAAUGAGAAUGUUCAAUCAACGUGUUAUGGAUGAUAACAUCGACUGAAUAAAUCUUCAAUCACCAUGACGAGCAACUCUCCAAACCAAAGCGGAUCACCGGCUAGAAAGGUAGUCUUUAACCCUUACGCCAGAAAGAAGCAGAAACCGAACGCGAUUGGAGCUAACAAUGGGUCUUUUCACCGAAAAAAUGAGGUUUCUACCCAACCGCCACGAUAUUACCAGGCAGCAAGCAGCAGCAAUCAGCAGACACUGAAUGUAGCGAGACUUCCAUCUGCAAGUGAAAGAGUUAAUACUGAUCGUGUGAAUGAUCGUUAUCCGAACAAUGUGGCUCAAUCGUCUUCCUUUGGAUCGAGCAUGGAAGGUCCACUAUCCCAGCAGAGUACAAUCUCGAAUGGAACAACUCAAAGCGUGGGGAGCAACCAGAAGAGCAAUAAUCAGGGAGAUAGCUUUGGUUUUGAUUCGAUUGAUUGGGAUGAAGCAUGUCGAGUAGCAGACCAUGCUUCUGCUGUCGCCUUGAGUCAGUCUGAAGAGUCGCAAUUCACGCUCAACUCUACCUGUGAAGGCAGAGUAGGAACUUCCGGUUCCCCCACCAAAAAGCAGCCAUACGCCCAGUCGACUUCCUCGUCAUCGCCUGUCGUUGAUCUGACCCAACAAGACGAUGAGCCACAGCAAUCAACUCGAAUAGCAGCCAUCAAUCAUCAUCAAAACAACCCAUCUUCCCCCAGCAAAUGGCCGCCUCGGAUUCCAUCAGUUGGUACAUCCAGACAACAUACCAACAAUAUGCAAUCAUUGAGACCAAAUUCAUGGACUAAUAAUGAUGCUUCAUCCCCAGGAAUGGAUCGGAAAGUAGCUGCAUCAUCUCCUCAGCUCUCCCAGCAACAAUUGACAAGACAAGGAACACUCGUUUCUUCUCCAGCUGCCAAAAUGCACAAUCUCAUUGCCCAGCUGCCCAAAGAGUUGAGAUUCUCCCCAGAUGUCGUUCAACCUGCGAAAGAUGGGCGCACCCCAGAAUUAAUCAAACAUGCUAGAUUGGGGCAAACUCUGGCGAAUGGAUGGACGCUGUUUGAUCAUCAAAGGCGGGCCAUCUGCAUGGGCCUGAGGAUGAGACGCUGCAUCUUGGCUCUGGACAUGGGGCUCGGGAAAACCUUGAUUGGCUGUUGUUGGGCCAGAUCCUUUCAAAAGACCUUUUCAAACUGCAAAGUAAUUGUCAUUGCCCCCGUUUCACUCAAAGCGGAGUGGGCUCGCACUGCAGAACAAGCUACAGAGAUCAAGGUCAAGGGCGAAGAAAAGAAACCCAAGAAACGAAAGAGAAAAGGGCAGGCAGCCGAAGAUGAAGAACCCAUCUGCAUCGACGAAGAUGAUGGCACUCCAAAAAUGGAAAUAUUUAGUUGGGCGAAGGUCCCCACUGAAGUUGAAAGCAGCGUCGAUAGUUACGUCGUCGUCUGCGAUGAAGCCCACCAAUUGCAGUCCAUGGCGGCUGCACGAACAAAGGAUUUAUUGAAGCUGGUCCAGUCGCAACGAUGCGUCGGUGUGAUUCUUCUGACGGGGACGCCAAUGAAGAAUGGGAAACCCUCAAACUUGUUCCCUCUUUUGCGGGCUGUCAGACAUCCCUUUGGCAACUACCAACGAGCUUAUGAACUUCAGUUUUGUGCUGGCCGGCAAAAACAGUUCGGACGGGGACCGCCGAUUUGGGACGCAAGUGGUGCUUCGAAUCUCUCACAGUUGCGAUCACUUGUCUCGUCUCAUUUAUUGCAUUUGAAGAAGGAAGACUGCCUCAAGUCUCUGCCCAAGGCAACUCGUGAAUUCCAGCAUGUCCCAGUGAGUCAACGGCAAAAGAAGAAUUACGACGACAUGCUGAAGCGGGUGCUAGCACUGUUCGCCUCGCAUGGUGCCGGCGAGUCGGACAAGAGCGAUGCGCUUUUGGGUCAACUCCAGCAACUUCGUUGUCAAGGUGCCAUCGCACGAGUAGAUGCUUCCGUCGACAUUGCAAAGAAUGUACUUGAAAAAGAACCGGCUGUGGUACUGUUCACUUCCUUUGUACGUGUGGCGAAAGCUCUUCAAGAAAAGCUGGCAAGGUUGGGGUGGGAAGGGGAAGUUUUGACCGGCGAAACCCCGCCAAAGAAACGGCAACCGAUGGUGGAUAACUUCCAGAAUGGAGUCUCUCCGGUCAUUGUCUGUACUUUUGGUGCCGGUGGGGUGGGUCUAACGUUGACUGCUGCCAGGACAGUCAUUCUUGUAGAUCGCCCAUGGACACCUGGCGAUGUCCAUCAAGCAGAAGACAGGGUUCGAAGGAUUGGACAAAGAUUCCCAGUGAAGUUCAUCUGGGUAUCGUCUUUUGAUGUGGACAAACAUAUCGACGCCAUGUUGGAAAGCAAAUCACAGACUUCCAACGCGGUUCUGGCUUCUGAAGGCAACAAUGAUGAGAGUUUUUCCGCUCCACCACCCAAAAUUUCCAUGUUCCACCUGCUGAGGAGGCUCCUGGAUGCUCAGUCAGCUGGCACCGGUAACCAAUCAGCUGCGUCUUCCAAUAGGGCUGGUUUGAGCCAGACAUGUAUGGACUCGCACUCUAGUCUAUGGUUGAGCCGAUAAUUGCACUUCCCGGUAGCUACAAUGGUGGCUGCGUACCGUACCGGUAUCUUUUGAAACAUGGAUAGUAACGUUAAUUGAGGCGUUAAACUUGUU